AUGGGCUCGGUCAACGGGGUAGACCAGCGGUAUCGCAUCAUUGUGGAACACCUAGACUCCGAGCUCGAGGACUGGCAGGCACUCGAAUACAAAUGCAUCGCCCGAGAGUGUUCUGCUAAUGGUUGGUCGUUUGUGCUGUCCGGACUGUCUUCCCCGGCGGAGACGAAGCAGCAACUUGGACUCCCUGCGACCUCUCUAACCCAACAAGGAGUCGAGUCUCUGUUCUCAACGGCCGAAGAACGACAGCAAGUCUGCCUUUUGGAUCCCCGAGGAUCGCAGGACUUGGCUCCGGAGGAUGGCGAGAAGUUCAAAGUGUUCUUGUUCGGCGGAAUCCUUGGCGACGACCCUCCACGAGAUAGGACAGGCGAGCUUCGACGAAUCGGCUUUCCAGGCCGGAAACUCGGCCCCGAGCAAAUGACUACAGAUACCGCCGCGAGAGUCACAAGGAUGGUCAUCCAGGAUAAAGUGCGUUUGCAGGACAUCCAGUAUGUCAACAGACCAGAACUCAACCUCUCCGCAACGAAAGGAGAGGACGCGACAAACGCCUCCGAGAGCGUGAGCAUGCCAUUCAAAUAUGUGAAGGGUCAAGACGGUGCACCAGUCAUGCCUGAGGUAUGA